AUGGCCGCGUCCAUGAGGCAUAAUUUUAUCAAACCAAUCAUUCCUAUGUAUGCACAUAAUAUGCACUUUAGAAACAAAUCUUCUAAUGCAAACAGUACAAACGAGAUGAAGAACCCAAAAGAAAAUGCCGGUCACUAUUUUCACCCAAGAAAAAACCAGAAAUAUAAGAAAGUUCAAGGAUCAAGUAUCGGGAAAAGCAAUUUGCUGCAAUCAUAUCCCGGAGUGAGACAGCUGGAUGAAAUAACUGGGGAUCAUGUGAAUGAACUGGUUGAUUCCAAAUCAGCAGCUGGUAUCGAGAAAACACAAACAAUAUUUCUAGAAGGAGAAAAAAUUAUUAGACAGGCUGUGAAAGCUGGAAUCCAUUUUAAAUCGGUAUAUACUACAGAGGUGAAACUUUUGGAGAAACUUGAGUUGGGUGAAGCUCAGCAGUACAUUACAAAGGUCAAAGCCUUAAAGAGCUGGGUCUCCCAAAAGGCAGUUGAGUCUGAUGGCAUCAUUUGUGCUGUAGCUCAAAAACCAGACCCAAGUGUCAGUGAGACAGAGAAUAGGCUGCCUGUUACCGUGGUGAUGGACAGAAUCACUGAUCCUUGGACAGCUGGAGUUCUCCUGAGAACAGCUCACGGUGUAGGAUGUAGGAGAUUUGUCACCACAAAAGGGUGUUGCAAUAUGUGGGACUCUGAAGUUUUGACAGCUAGUGAUGGAAGCCAUUUUUACAUGCCAAUUCAAACAAAUCUGUCCUGGAAUGUACUCAAACAGAAUGGAGAAGCUGAAGAAUAUACAUGUACAAGAAGGAAGGUUAUUUUUACAUCAGCAAGGCCAAUGACAUUUCAAGCAAUCUUGAAAGCAGAGGAAAAGUUUCUUACAGAUAACCUUGAGGAUGAGGAUACAGAUGCAUUGGAUAAUGAUUCAUCACCUACAAGUUUAUCAAAAUCUGCAGAGAAAAGCGGAUUUCAAUUAACAAAUUUCAACGAGGUGGAUUUAAGUAAUGCUGACGUCUUUACAUUGAUAAUCAGUGAUGACACACUGAAAGUUUCAAAUCAAAAGAUAAAAUUUCUGUAUGAAAACGAUGCUGUUUUAGCAUCAGUACCUAUGACAAGUGGAUUGACCAAGUUAAAUCCAACAGUGCCCGGUACUUUGAUGUUGUAUCAUUUACUUGGUCAACUGACUUCUAAUAAAGUUUGAAAAUUCUUGAUUUCUCUUUAUGUACUUCUAACAGAAAUGUCAGCAUCAAACAAUUGAUAUAGAACUAACCAUGGUUCAUGCACAAGCUUUUGUAUAAAUAGUUCUGUGUGUUUGAAUGAACAAACAUACAUUGAUCUCCCUUUUUCAUAUUUCUAGAAGAAAAUGUCAACAAAUGUAGUCAAUACAAGCCACAUUAUAUACAUGUAUGCUGGAACAUGAUGAACCCUUUCAAUUUUUAAAAUUGUGCCUUAGUUUGUCACCUGUCAAUAAUUUUUGUUUAAAAAUUGCUCUUGAUGAAAUGUUGAUAGUGAGCCGAAUAGUUUAAGAACUUGGUAUAAAAUCUUUCCACUAGUUCAUUAUCGUGAUAAAAAAACAGUUGAACAAAAACUAAUACACAUGUAACAUGAAUUGAAGGACACAGGGAGGAUAUUUUAUAUUUGCAGGUCAUAUCAACUCAUAUAUCAAUAUGAAUAUAUUAAUUUAUGUGGUUUUUUUAAUGGAAUGUUACAUGGAAUCCUCAUUAAAUUUUUGGGGUUUUUUUUAUUUAAAAAAAAAACGAACAAAUUGAUCUUUUUUUUCUUAAGUUUUAAUGAUACAUAAAGUGCAACAAAAGAAACAAUAUUUGUUACGAUAAUGCUGCUUCGUAAAACAAGGCAGUUUAUGUUGUGCAGCCAAAAUUUAGGGAAGAAAAUAAAGCUUCAAUACCAAAACAAAUAUUUUUCGAGGUUAUUACAUUUGAUUUUUAUAAAUAUUAAAUCAAAACAACCUAUUUCAACUGAUAAUCUUAUAAUCUUUCCCUCCUGUAUUCUAGAUGGUAAAUACACAUCUGACACAAAAUAUAGAUUUUCAUCUAAAAAUUAUUUCCGUGGUAAGUGAAGUUCUGUUCACCAAUAUAGAGCAAAACAAAAUCUAACAUUUUUUUUCCUUAAAUAUAAAACAAAAAAGCUGUCACCUAGAAAGAAAGGGAAUGAAAAAAAUGUCAAAAUCAUAUACACUUCAGAACUAAAAUAUUUAAAAUGACAAGAAACCACUCAUACAUGUACAUUCUAUACAAUGAUGUGAAGGAAUGAAUUUUAACUUUUGAAAUUUUCUACUCAUGAUUAGAAAUCAUGAAAUAGAAACCAACCAGCAUACUUAAAUUAAAGUUCAAUACAUUAGUCUUUAAAAAAAAAAAAUAA